AUGGGUAACUCACACGGCAAAGAGGCGCGCUUGUCGUCUCGUCAGGGUGGCCACGGGUCCAGCGCCGAUCCAGGCGGAAGCUCCCAAGGCGCCGGCUAUCAAGGCGAGCUCCCUGGCCGGUCGAGACGUGCCAGUCGCGCCGACCUCAGUGCGCUGGGCCUCGGCUUUGGCGCAUCGUCGAGCUCACGUCAGGAAGAUGUCCCCUUCGAGCGCCGGGAGACGAGACAGGAGAGGGAGGCUAGGAAACUCGAGAAGGAACGCAUCGCACGCCUUAAGGAGCGCGAACGCAGUAUGAGGGAGGAGCACGUCGAUGGGGGAUACCUGGUCACCAUGGGCGUAUACACCGCCUCUGAAGACUUCAACAAGCCCAUCGUCCGCCAGCUCCAGAUCGAUAGAAAGAUAGCACCCUUUUGGCGGGGGUUGGACGACUUCAACGAACGCUGGGCCGAGCACCAGAUCAUCGCCGCCGCCCGUGGCCUCGACAUCCCUCCUGCUGACGAGGUCCCCGAGCAUCUAAUACCGCAACCGGGGCCGGCCGACUCGCCGCGAACCUCGAACCCGAACCUGAACAAUCUCACCGUGCCCCUGGGACCACGGACACUUAGUGCCUCGUCCGACAAGACCGGCUCCAAUCCGGGCUCGACUUUGCCGUCCCCAACCUCGCCUACCGCGCCAAAAUCCAGCUCCCCCCUGAAGACGCAAAGGAAAUCCCUGGCGGCCGCCUUGAAUCUCUCCCGCAAUGGAUCACAAGCCGACAUCACGCCGCGAGAGAUCAACCUGCCCCACGACCCAUUCGUCAACGGUCAGCCCCUCGAGGUGUUUCUUUACAAGGACGGCAUCGAGUGUCCGCUCUGUCUCAUGUACUACCCGCCAUAUCUGAAUCGAACACGCUGUUGCUGCCAGAUCAUCUGCAGUGAAUGCUUCGUGCAGAUCAAGCGACUGGACCCGCACCACCCCGAGCAUCAUGGGAACGAUAACGGGUCGGAAGCACCACCCGAACCCGACGAGCAUAGCGGGGAGCUGACCAUGGAGCCGGCCAAGUGUCCCUACUGCACUCAGGAUGAAUUUGGCCUAACCUACGAGCCACCGCCGUUUCGGAGGGGGCUGUCCUACGCAUCCAGCGCCGGCGGGCUGGGUGCUAUGGGCACCGCCAUGUCAUCUAGUAGCUCCCUCAACUCGAGCAGCCUUUCCCCGACGUCGGCCACUCCCAUGUCCCUUGCUAACCGCAGGAGGGCACAGAGUCUGUCGGCCAAUGCGCCGGGCGUUAUCACUACUGACCGCAUUAGGCCAGACUGGUCUGUUAAGCUUGCUGCGGCUCGUGCCCAGCAACGGCGUAGAGCCGCAGCCGCCGAUGCUUUGCACCAGGCCGCCUUUGUUAUGGGCAACCAGGAGUCGCGCAGCCUUUUCGGCCGGUCGGGCCGCUUCAGUCGGAGGAGUACCAUGGCACAAGGUGCGGACAGACCCGGCAGUAGCAGCAACGCUCAAGGCAACGAGGGUGGAGGUGACACAUCCUCGGGUCCCCAGCCAGGUCCACGUACCUCUUCGGGCCGAGCGGGCACAGUUCGGGAGCACAUGGAUGCGGCGCAUCUCGAGAACCUCAUGAUGGCAGAGGCUAUUAGGCUCAGUCUUGCAGACGAAGAAGAACGGAGCAAGAAGGCGGAUAAGGAGGCCCGCAAAGAAGCCAAGAAGCGGGAAAAGGAUGAGCGAAAGGCUACCAAGAAGAGGGGUGAAGUCUAUGGCGGCAGUGGUGGCGGCCCCAGUGCGAGCUCUCUUAGCCUGGGACUCGGACGAAAGCGAGGCCAUAGUGCCGCCAGCAAUCUCCGCAUGGAAGCCAGUGUCGCCGCAGCUACUGCGUCGUCCGCAUCGGGGCAAGGCAACGAGUCACCCACGGCCGGUUCCGGCUCAGGGUCCAUAUCAAGCGACAAGGGGAAGGCUGUUGACCGCCGAGAGAGUGGAGAUGCACAAACGAGCGGCGCCGGCACCUCGUCUCUACCACUUCCCACGCGCGGGUCUCACCUUCGCCAGAUAAGCAAUGCCAGCUCUAUCAGCUCCAGCGGCGUGGACAGUGUUCACGGGAACUACACUGGUCCGGGCUUGGGCGCCGAGGAUCCUUGGGCUAGUGGUCUUAGUCUUGGUGGUCGCAGCGAGGAAGAGGACAACGCAUCUGCCGAGCCCAUGUUUAAUUUUAGGAGCCUGGCAGAAAUGGUCGGCGUGCCUAUCGACGGUGAAGACGAAGCGCCUGAUGGUGCCGGUCAGAAGUCAGAGAACGAGGGAGGUGACGGAGCCCACGGCGAGCAUGUUGAGCACGCCGUCGAGCAUUCGGGUGAGCUUGUCGGAGAGAAGAGGGAGCGUCUGCCCAGGCUCAACACUGAUGAGGCUACACCCAGCAUGGAGAGGAUCGAGGGCAACGCAUCUCCUCCGCGCGUCAUGGUGACGCCCGAAACGCCAGCGCUUGGAAACGACGAGAACGAAUCUAAACAGCUCGGCCAUAUCAGCGCCGCAGCGCGAACACAUCAAGUCACCCAAUAG